AUGUUUGCGUUAAUUUCCUUGUUGCACUGCUUCACGAUCGAGGCACGCUCUUCAUGUUCUCCGCCAGCGACAAGCCUUCACCUUUGCGCCAGGAGAGCGCAGCACUUGACUUUCCUUUUGCAUGCUUUGAUUCUUCGAUUUCUCGAUGCUGUGUUCUCUGCCAUGAUAGCCACCGCUGCCUCGCCUUCUCGAGAUGUGAAUGACGACAACGACGAUGAAUCGACUCAGCCUUUUUCCUCGCCUGGACGUCCAUUUGCAACGGAGCAAUUCGGUGACAAGGACGAACUGACUCAUUAUGACAACGGCGACAACAACGGCAACGGCAUCAGCGAAAAUGAUGAUGGCCAAGAACCAGUUGAGCCAGUUGCCGGUGACCAAAAUGGAGAGGCUUUCGAGGUGGACAUGACAUAUCGAAACAAUUUGUUGACUUGGCAAAAUCCCGAUGGCCAAAUGCAACGUGUUGAGGGUCUGAAUCUCGAUUUAUACUUGGACACGUCGACCAAUACAGCUAUUUUCAAAAUAUAUGGCUAUGUCUUGUUGAAAGGCAGUAAAUCCAAAAGCAGUAAACAAGCCGUUUACCUAUUCAUACAUCCCGAAACCAUUCAGUCCAUUACUCCGCAAACCGAACAUGCCGCUCCAUUGUCAGCUUUGAUACAGUCUGGGCCCAUACAUCACUCGCUCUGCUUCUCCCUGACGGCACAUCCACAUCUCGUUGUUCCCAAGAAUCUUAUUCUGGAAUCCCGACCAAAGACCAAAGCCCUUCUAGAUUCCAUACAAGCCCUCGCCACGGUGACGGCCUUCACUGUACAUCUCAGUAAUCUUGACACAGUCACAUCGACACAGGGAAUUUUGGAAUCGGUUGCUUCGACUUUUUCACUGUCGCAUAAUGACAACCGCCCGUCUACCAACACAAGGCGUGCCAAUCUCACAACGCUGUAUGCUGGUAGAGGAGGCGAAAUUGUCAAUGUAAAGAACGAUGUUGCCAAUACCGAAGCGUGUUUGCCUCCGUACAGUGAGCCUGCGCCCAGUCGUAGCCAUCAUUCCAAUAAGCGCAAGCGCGAUUUUUCCGACCAUGACUUUGAGCGCCCAUCCACAACCCAGGACCAAAUCCUACUCAUUCUCAAAAACAUUUGCACUCGCCUCGAUAGUAUAGAAGGCCGCAUGGUCAAGCUUGAAGAUAAAGUCUCAGAGGCAUUGGAUUCUACACACAGCCGUGGAGAGGAAGAGAGGCUAGAAUUAUUGGAAGAGGUUGAUCAUCGAAUCGAUGACUGUAUAACGGAUAUGAGGAUCGAAUCUCAAGAUAUAAUUGAAGAUCUUAAGGAUGAGGUUGAUGCAACUUUAGAACGACUGGAUAAUGAGGCGAGCGAGAGGAUAGAACGUUUGGAAACCGAUAUUGAAGAGAAUACAACAAAGGUCGUAGAGAAAUGCUUGAAAAGGAAAUUAACAAAUGCCAGCUUGCGAAUCGAUGGCUCAGUAUUUUUAGACCUCUAG